AUGAGAAUUGUUCUCAGAGCGGAAGGAAAAGAAAGUGUUCUUGAAAAUCCACUCCCUCUUGAACCCCUGCCACAAAAUGCUACUGAAGCUCAAUGUCGAGCUAAACAAACUCUCGAGGAUAACUCUCUGCAAAAGAAUGCUAGAUUAGGGAGGUUGCAUAGUAUGAUGGUUCAGGACGAGGGGAACUUACCUGGUGAACCUGAACAUAAGGAUGUUCUAAUGCCAGAGGUUCAGAAAGUAUUAAGUGAAGGAGAUGGGAAUGCAUCUACAACUUCUGAGACAGAAGUUCAAAAACCAUUGAGUGAAGGAGAUGAGAAAUCUUCAUCAAAAUCCCAGCUUGAAGUUACUGAGAAAUCUUCAUCAAAAUCCCAACCUGAAGUUCAAAAAACAUCAAGGGGCAACAUGUUAGUGAAACAACUUUUAGCAAAGAGCAUAAAGCAGAACAACAAAAAAAGGGCUGCAGAAAUGGUAGCUGCAGCUGCUGCAAAAGACAGCAAAGAAGCUGAGGAAAGGAUAGCUACACCUGCCGUAGCUGCACAAAUAGAAGCUGAGAAAAGGGCACCUGCUGCUGAUGCAGAAGCCAAAAGAGUCGCUGAGGAAAAGGCAUCUGCAGCUGAGAAAGAAGCCAAAAGACUGGAUGAGGAAAAGGCAUCUGCAGCUGAUGCAGAAGCCAAAAGAGUGGCUGAGGAAAAGGCAUUUGCAGCUGAUGCAGAAGCCCGAAGAUUGGCUGAGGAAAAGGCAUCUGCAGCUGAUGCCCAAAGAGAAGCUGAGCAUAAAGAAGCUGAAAACAAGAGGAUGAAGGCUAAUAAGAAAAAGGAAGAAGAAGAUAAAGCUGAAGCAAAGAAGAAGGAUAUUGAGGAAAGAAAGAAAGAAUAUGAAGAUAAAAUGAGCCAGCUUAUUGCUAAAAACAACAAAGAGUUGAUAGAGGAAGCGGAAAGGAAACAAUCUGAGAGAAAGGAAAGAGAAGCUGAGAGAAAGAAAAAAGAAGAUGAUGAUGCCACAAAAGCAAUUGCCAAGGUGGUUGAAAAUAUAAAUGCUUCAGAGAGUGCAGAUCCAACCAAUGGUGGUAAUGGCACAAAAAAAUGA